UCAACAAUUGGAAAAGAAACAAAACCAUAUGCAUUUGGAUAUUCCAAAGUUGUCUUUCGUAGACAGCAUAGCGAAAGAAUUGAAAACCAAGGAACUUGUGAUCAUAACUGGAUUGCCAGGAAGUGGGAAGACCGAACUCGCUCACCAAAUUGUGCAGGCAUUGACGAACAUAAUUACAACAAAAGAAAAACUGGCAAAUUUUCAACAUAUUCAUGAUUUGAAAAAUCUUGACUUUGUAAUAAAUGAGGAUAAAAUGAUAUUUCUCAUUCUUGAUCAUUGCAUUAAAAGCUGGUUCAAUAAAACUGUUAUUGAUGAUAUGUUCAAGAAACUAAAAUCAUCGACCAAGAAGACAAAAGGCAUGGUACAUGCAUUGGUGUGUGUCCCAGACAUUCUACUUGAGGCUUUUAAAUCAUCACUUAAAUCCAGCUCUUUUAAAAAUGUAAUCUAUGAUUUAAAAGAUGGUAAUAUUUAUAAAGAUGAGGAUUGGAAGGUAAUAUUUGAUUCUCAUUUGAAGAGUAAGAACGAAAUGAUGAAGAGCCUAAAAUACCAAAAGACUGACAUCGAUGCAUGGAGGCAAUCUUUCAUCGAAAUCCAAGCUGGAGAUAUUGGAAAACCGACAUUGGCAAAGCUUCUCUUUGAGGAUGCAAGAAAUUUUCAAAAUGUUUCGAAUUUUCUUCAAAAUACUCACGAGUGCAUUAUGAAUAGAAUCAGUGCUCUCUCUGAAUCGACUUGUGUCUCUGAAAGACGCCACUUUGUUGUUUUAGUCAUGCUUAUGCUAAAUAAUGGUAAAUUAAAUACUGACGAGCUGAACAAGGACGCUUUGGCAGAUAUAUGCAAAUCUUUUGAUGUUGAAGAUGUGAAUCUGUUCGAGCAGCUCGAGUAUCCGGAAAUUGGACAAAAUGCUAAAAUGGUGACCGUGCAUUGCAGAGAAACAGUUCGUGUGACGUUUGAUGUUCUUUGGAAGAAAAGAAAAGAUUUAGUUUUCAAAUACUGUGACGAUACGGUAUUCCUAGAACUCGUGUCAUUAACUGAAGGAAUGACAGAUCAAGAACUCAUCGCCUUGAAUGAUCGUUUCCAGUCUAUUUUCCGGUCUAUGAAAGGAAAGUUCCAUGUAGAGGAUCAUAAUGUUGCUUCAAAAUUAUUGAGGAAGUAGAAAAGAUAGCAAUGCAACAAAAUGCAGACCUGAAUGAAUAAACAUAUGGUUUCAAUAAAAAUCAACAAACAUAGCAGGUAUAUCAAAAUAUUUAAAGAAGGGUGUCUCGCUUCUGGCGAUUAACAUUUGAAGAAAAAUAUGUGAUUUAUCUUAUUUUUAUCACUUUUGAAAAUAAAUUGCAUAAAUACUUCUUGAUAUGUUUUCUUGUUGGACAUAAGGUAUUCAUAAAUGCAAUUUAUGUGAUAAAUUAUUUUAUU